AUGGUGUCCCUGUGCACGGCCAACCGCGACGAGAGCAUGCAGACGGACCCCGGCGCCGCGCAGAGGGACGCGCAGGCGCUGUUGGCCGCCGGCGAGCUGCGCCUCGGCACCGACGAGUCCGAGUUCAACGCCGUCCUGUGCUCGCGCAACUACGCGCAGCUGCAGCUGAUCUUCCAGGAUACACCAAACAGAGGUCAUGAUAUUGAGGAGACCAUCAAACGUGAAUUCUCGGGCAACUCAGAAUCUGGCUUCCUUGCAAUCGUGAGGGCCAUCAAAAAUCAAGCGGCCUUUUUCGCCAAGGAGAUCCAUAGCAGCCUCAGCGGCGCUGGAACAGAAGACAGUCGAUUGAUCCGUUUGGUGGUCACCAGAUGCGAAGUCGAUAUGGAGGAUAUCAAGAGAGCCUACGAAUCGAAAUAUGGCGAGUCUCUGAAAGACGCAUUCAAGUGGCGUUCGUAUGGAAUUUCACAUACCUAUUUGACAGAUAUUGAUGGUACGCCACUGAUUAAUCUUCAAAUUGAAAUCAUUCCUGAAUUUGUUGAUAUGACAACAUCACAAUGCAGAGAAAUAGAUUUUAUUCUUAAGAUCAAAUUGUAGAAAUACAACUCAUAGUUUAUGAGCUUCGUAUUUGUAUUUGGUACUUUGGAAUUAUUACUUUUCAUUGUAGUAGGCUAUAUUAAUUUUUGAGAACUUCACCACUCUGUAUCUCAAAAGUUAGGAGGUUUUGGUCAUAUAAACGUUCAUAUGAAACUUUCUUCUUAGAAUGGGUCCAAGAAUUGCAUCCUCGAAUAUUGACAUUCAAUUAUGAAACACCCUAUAUUUUUUAAGGAUUAAUAAUAGUAGAACAGGCGUAUUUUAUAAUUCACUUUUUAUUUUCAGGAUGAUUGCUCGGGAGACUAUAAGAAAUGUUUAUUAGCUCUGAUUGGAGAGUACUGAAAACUUGAAGAAAACCAAUGGAGGAUUAUUGACAUGGUGAACCCCUCUGUAUAGGAAUCUAUUGAUCAUUCCACAUUUCAUUUAAGUUUUAGAUGAAAGAUAAGAGCAAAAUUUGUGCGAAUUUAAUUAUCAGCAAUAUUUCAGAGUGAAUCAUAAUGAUUUGUACAUGAGAUCAAUUAUAGAAUCUCGACGUUGAUAUAGUUGAAAAUUCAUCACAGGGUGGUACUGAUAAAUAUAUUCAUUCUUCAUUGAAGUUAUGAAUGAAUUAUCCGAAUAAUACUCAGACAUACACAAUCUUCUUUUUGAUAAUGUUUCAUCAAUAUUCCGAGAGUCGUUGUAUUCAUAAUAAAGUUCGAAACAGGCACAAUACUAGUUUGACUCAUGACUGUCUCAUUUGAAAUAAAAAGUAAUAGUUAAGAAGUUCACAUCUGUUGACUUUUCCUUUACUACUACCACUUGUAUGCUACAUUAUGCACAGUGGCGUAAUUAUAAGGGGGGGCUUAUAUGGGAAAAAAGCAAAACGUUUUGAUGAAAAUAGCUAGAAUAGUGAAACAUAUUGGUUCGAGAUAUUAGUAUAGUUGAGUAAUUUCACGGGAUACUAUAAUACUCAUACUAUAAUACUGAUAUCAAUUGUCACUUUGAACUGGCAAUUGCCCCAAUCUCAUUUUUUUGUAAUUGCCAUCUCAAUGUUACAAUUGUCAGUUGAAAGUGACAAUUGCCUCUUCGAAGUGGCAAUUCCAUAAAAAUAAAGCUAUUCGCCCUCCUACGCCUUCAUACUUUUAUUCUACUUAUUGCUAAAGAAUACUCUUCCCAAAUACCUAUACCACUCGUUAUCCGAAUUGCAUCAGAUAAUUUUCCUAUUUUUAUCACUCAAACUAUUUAAUGCGAGGCAACACCAUUCAAACAAACCGAAACUCGAUAAAAUCACUCGUUCAAAAGGAUCGAAUCAGCUCGUUUCUAUAUAUUGUCCAAAUAAACAAAGAACAUAAAUGAAUAUUGAUGAAAUUCGAAGGAUUCUUAGGAAUACCUCUGAUAAUUUUCAUGAUAUCGAAAAAAAAAACUAUAUGAACCGUGAGACUGUAAUCCUUUAAGAUUGAAUGGUUACCUUAAGUAUAUGGUAUAUAAUGUACAAAUCAUUAUGGGUAGGUAUAGUUUAUCCAAAGUCAAUUGGACCGCUUCGAGCCGCACGUGCACUUACUUCGAGAGGAAUUUUGAACACGCCGAUGCCGCGUGGUGCGGAAAAAUGUUACAUAUGACUUUGGAAAGACUAUGUUAUGAAACUACAAGUGGAGAAAUGAUUUUAAUUCUAACGCUAUAUAGUUGCAUCAUGAUCUUCAUUGGAAAUGAUAAUACUACUUUUGCAUUGAUUGGCCAAUUAUAUUCACUUCUAUAAUUGAAUAAUUGUCAAGUUAUCUAGCUUUUCAAGAUGCCUUCUAUAAAAAAUGUAUAAGGUUAUAACUGUUUCAUAUGCAUGUUGUUCUAUAUAUAUGAUGCCAAAUACGUGUUAAUAUUGCGUUGUUAAGUAUAGUUACUAUUUUUGCAUGUGAAGUUUCGAAUAUGAUAUUUGGAUAUUUAUUUUAUAUUGUCUAUGAACUUACAGAUUAGGAAUUUCUCUAAAAUUAAAUGUAUUCUCUAUU